CUCGGUGUACAUACUGUCACACACACACACAUACUGUCACAAUUGAAAAUCAGUUCUAUUGUAGCAAUUGAGAAAAUGUUUUUGGUACGCAACAUUGGAAAAUCAGCAUGGACCUCGGUGCGAUCCAAACAUUCGCUGCCCAAGCUGCCAUAUGAUUAUGCAGCCCUGGAGCCGAUCAUUUGCCGUGAGAUUAUGGAACUGCAUCAUCAGAAGCAUCAUCAGACCUACGUCAACAAUCUGAAUGCCGCCGAGGAGCAGUUGGAGGAUGCCAAGAGCAAGAGCGACACAACGAAGAUUAUUCAGUUGGCUCCGGCCUUGCGUUUCAAUGGCGGUGGCCACAUCAAUCACACCAUUUUCUGGCAGAAUCUCUCGCCCAACAAGUCAACACCCAGCGAUGACCUGAAGAAGGCCAUCGAAUCGCAGUGGAAGAGCUUUGAUGACUUCAAAAAGGAACUUAGCGCUCUCACCGUUGCCGUUCAAGGCUCCGGCUGGGGUUGGUUGGGCUACAACAAGAAGACGGCCAAGUUGCAGCUGGCUGCGUUGCCCAAUCAGGAUCCCUUGGAGGCCUCCACUGGACUUAUUCCCCUGUUUGGCAUCGAUGUCUGGGAGCAUGCUUACUACUUGCAGUACAAGAAUGUGCGUCCCUCGUACGUUGAGGCCAUCUGGGAUAUUGCCAAUUGGGAUGACAUCUCUUGCCGCUUCCAGGAGGCCAAGACGCUUUCAUAAGUCGCUUAGUCAAUAAUCUCUAUGUUUAAUUUAAUCAGAGGGCCGUAGGCUCACUCUAAAGAUAGUCUGAAAUGUAGACUAAUAAAAUUGGUAAAUCAAUAAUUAUCUCUUCUUGCUAA